AUGACGAAUACACAAUCCACAAUAGAAUCAUUAAGAGAAUUGAAUUCCAGGCUUGUUCUUCAGAUUGAUGAAAUCAGAAAGAAGUUCACAGAGAUUGAAGCCGAGAAUAACGAAAUUAAAAAGAAAUAUGUAGAGGUUGAAGCUGAGAAUACGGAUCUAAAAGAAAUAAUAAAAGAAAAUGUCAGGCGUGAAGCUGAGAGUAUGAAACUCAAAGCUAGAGUUGAGGAACUAGAACAGUAUAAAAAAGAAAAUGAAAAACGAUUUGAGAAAUUGGAAGAGAAACAAUUAAAAAAUGUUAAUAAUUUUGAGAAUAUUGUUAAUGUAUCCGAUCCAGUUAUAAACCACUAUGAACAAUGUGAUGAUACCCCCACAUCUGAUAUAUUUGAUAACACUUCAAAUUGUGAUUUACGUCAUGAGUCUUUAACUCAAUGUUCUGCACCAUCUAACUGCACAGAGUCUGAAUUGUUAAAAGAUAAGGAAAUGAAUAAUAUGAUUGAUUUUCUGGUUGAAAGGGAUAAUGAAUGGAUUCGUAACGAAAUAAGAGAACGAAAUAGGGGGGGGGGGGAGCUUCAACAUGAGGCACCUACUGGAAAUUCUCCGAAAGAGGACACUUACGCAUCUAAUAUUAAAUCUAGUGUUCCUUCCGAUCAGAAAAAAGAGCAAGGUUUAAUACAAGAGAUAUCUAUUAAAUAUCAGAAUAAUAUAACUGAAAUUUCAUCAAACAAUAUUCCUCAAAAUUAUGUGCCCGAAAUAGAUUAUUCUACUUCAGAUAAAGACAUAAUCUGUUUAUAUCAAAAUGCAUGCGAUGCAGAAAAAGAUGCUAUAAAAGCUAAUCAAGAAGAAAUAUUAUGUUGGUGUUUCUAUGCUAAAAAGUCUAAAGGUAUGGUUAAAGAUUUUAUGGCUGAUGGAAAAGUCAGGGAGAAAAAAGCAAAAGGUCAAGUAUAUGAUUUUAUUAUCCAACAACUUCCUAAUACAAAGCGUGAAAACUUAUGCAAACAAACACAAAAAGCUUUAAGA